AUGGAGGACGAGAGCAGCCAGGACUCAAGCGUGCAAUACAUGAACCUCUCCGACGACGAAGCCACGCAUUUCCGGAUCCCUGCUAGCAUUGAAGACCAAGACUACAGUGGCAUUGAGACAGCACCCAGAGUUCUUUGCCAUCAGCAUGGCGUGGCGGCUGAGAGGCGUGUAGCAUUCGAAGCAUUUAACACGGGCAGGAGGUUCUUAGUCUGUCCUAUGAGUAAUGCCUUGUUGAAGCUAUGGGAAAUGUAUCAUGACAGCAAGAGUGAUAGGAGGAAGGAUAACCUGGAGAGUUCACUCACUAUUCACAAUCUCACUGAAGAAAAAAAUAAUCUAGAGGCCAACUAUGACAAAUUGGUUGAAGAUGUGCACCAACUGUUAAAUGCUCAAGAGGAUAGGAGGGUAGAUUUCAGCUAUUUGCAGGCUAAGAUGCAGAAUGUGCAUGUUUCUGAUUCAGUUGUAUCUGACAUGAAGACAGAGAUGGGGAAGAAAGAUGCAGAGAUCUUCAAGCUGCAGGAGAAGUAUAAAGUACCGAUGAACCUGACACAAUCUCAAGGCACUUGCAUCAGGAACCUGAAGUUUAAUCAUCUAAAAGAGAAGGAAGUGCUUAGUACAUCCACCAGGAACCUGCAAUUCCAGGUUGAUGAACUCAAAAAAUCUGAGGAAAAGCUCACCCAGGAUAACACCCAGCUGCUCCUUCACAUGGGAGAUCUCAAGAAGGGGCAUGACAAGCUCACAGCAAGGAGGGAUCAGCUAAAGAUUCAGAUUGCUGAACUGUUGAAGUCAGAGGAGAAGAACAAGCAGAAAUUGAAGGGGAUCCUGGACAUCUUGUCAGAAUGA